AUGAAAACAAUGGGAACAAGAAAAAGGUGUAAACUUUCCAGAACAGGCCCAGAAUUUGAAAAUGUGAUAAAGAGGUUAUUGUGCGCCCGAACUUUUCACACAAGAAUUGGAGGAGAGGCCGGGUGCGAUUUAACACAUGGAAUAAUAAACAGAGGAAGGCUGACUAAUGCAGAGCAGAUGGGCCUGCAGGGCAGUGCUCAGCAUUUCAACAUCUUCCCCCUGGACCUUUGGACUCAAGGUAAGAAAACUGGAGUUCAGAAAAGGGAGGGGACUGACUCAAUCCCAGCUGCUGGCAGAUCGGGGACUGCAAACCAGCCUUCCAUUGCUCCACGCAGGUGUCUCUUCUCACGUGGAAUCACAGCAUCGGAUGGACUGAAAAGAGGAAGAGGCUGCAAUGGAGCAGCACACCUGGUGUGCGGGGAUGCCUGGAAAACAGAAUUAGGAGAGCCCUGGGUCAGCAUUGCUCUGGCACUGGCUGGGCUGGGGGCUAUCCUGAUUCUAGAAUUAUCUUGGUUCUUGGGAUAGAAAUGUCCCCAAAGUGGAGAAGUUCAGUUCAAUCCAACAUCCUUAUAUUGCAAUGAGGAUAAAGACCACAGACCCUAUGGCCUGUAUGACCCAGCUGCCCAUUUCUAGGAACCUGUUCCUACAAAAAUGACAACAUGCGUGUGCAAACAGCAGCAAUGACAAACAUACCCUGGGAUGAUUUCCCUGUGUGGUUUGUUGUAGUAAGAUAGUGGCCACAGCUUAUAUAUCAUCAACACAGGACUGGCUAAAUGAUGGCACUUGAUUCUGCAGAAUCUUUUGCUGUAGUCAAAAAGAACAAGUUAGAUCUGUACAUAUGAACAUGGAAAGGUAUCCAUGACUUAUAUUAAGUAGCAAAAUUGCAGAAUGAUAUUUAUAGUAUAACUUCAUUCUUACAAAAACCGUUUUCCAAAACUGUGCGUGUAAAAGGGCUGGAAGGACACAUCCACCGUCUUCAUAGUGGUUACAUCUGGGGAGGAGAGUUGGGGCUUGAGGCAGACUUUGGCCAUUCAAUUUGGAUGGGGGCCAGAGACCCCCUCUCAGAUCUGAGAAUGCUGUACUUGCUUUCCAGCCUCCUUUGUAGCACAGGCCAUGACAAAGACUCUGUUAGAUCACCUUGGGUGGGAGGGGACAGGGUGUUUCCUCUAUCUGGCAGGGGGGCUGCAAGGUCAAAUUCCUGACCGAAGCGGUGCUGUUUCCUGCUGUGGCGUGCAGUGGUUAUGUACUGUAGUGCUUAACGGCGGCAGAGGUACCUUCAAACACACCAGCACACUGGUCAACUUUGGGGUCUUACUCUUAGAAGCCGGGCCUGGAGCUUCCCUCUCACAUUCUGUGAACCACCCCAUAUCCUUCUAGUAAACUCUUCUGCUUCAUGGUUUAGAGUCAGCCGAGUUAGAGGGACUUCUGAUUAUUUUAUACAUGUCAUCUGAUACACAAAUAUAUGCACACAUUUUUUAACCAAACAUAUUUAAGAGAAUACAGAUGAUCUAGCCCAAAGGAACAUGUAGUGCAUAGAGGUGUGUGCCCCUGCCCUGCUUGGUAUUUUAUUUUAUAU